AUGGCGGGGUCGGCCAAUAUUGCAACCAUCCCCCGUUCUGAAGCCGAUUCUCCCAUUAUCGCUGAUUCGAUGGUCGCCGAGCAAGGUUCAUGCUUCACUUCCGAUAACGAUGCUGUUCACAAAAGGGACCGAGAGUUCAAGAACGACCAGUCCGGCAGCCAAAUUCACGACAAGAAGAACUCACCCAAGAAAUCCAAGUACAAACCCAGCAAUACGACCGCCAUUAAGCUGAAAAGCGAGUCGUCUGCUGCAACUAUUGAAACGAUUCCCGAGUCGCCCGAGCACCGCGAUGCUGCAUUCUCGGCCACGGCCAAAAGGCAGAGCAUCGAUUUGGACUUCCUAACCUCACCAGAGACCGAUCCGGCUGAGAAAGAUGACAGCGCUCGCGAGCAGAAGAACGCUGUCCACGCUGUACGAAAAGUGGCCAAGAACUCGGCGCCACCUUUGAAAGAAUCGACCUCUGAGAUCAUUGUCACCGAGCAACCAGCGCAAAGCCCUUUGGCUCCGGCUACUCACAAAACCAUCCUAUCGCAGACCAAAGAUGAGACCAGCGACAACAAGGGAGACUCCGCCAUCGCGUCGGAUAGUGAAUACGACGAUAAGGCCGCUUCUCCAAAACCAUGCAGCAUUCCUCGCGCGCCGACCCCUCCGGCACGUCGGCCGAGAUUCUCUCGCCCUAAUCUCGCCCGUUUGUCGACCGCUCGUGUGCCGAGAAGAGCUACGAGUCGUACCAUCCAGCAGGUGCGAGCACUUCACAAUACUCGCGCUCCUCGAUCGCCGGCUGCCAACCAAGUCGUCGACCAAAUCGCCAAUCCAACUACCGCAGCCCCCAAGAUUACUGUCAAGAAGAAUCGCCGCAAGACUCCGACCUUGCCGCAGGCGACCACGCACAGCAGUGCCCUUAGUCAAGCACUGCAAGCUUCUCGUCCUGCUCCUGCUCGUCCUGCUCCUUCUCGUUCCGGCCGCUCUCGCCCCGAGCGGGCCCCGCCGGCCGGCACCGAAGUUUAUGCCAGCAACUGCCCUCCCCGAGUCCCCACGAUCGACAUGAAUGGAAUUCCCCACGUUCUUGGAGGCUUGGUCGAAAUGUCGGUUGGCCUUGACGAGCGAUUGUUCUUCGCCAAACAAGUUCCCGGCGUCCCCGGCGAUAUCUACAAUUCCGUCAAAGUGUCUCGCCAUCCUUUCCAACAGUUUCCGGGGCCCGACAUGGCCAAGUCCAACGCCGCGUUGGACGCGCAACUCGAUGCCAUGAAGCCUACCAGAAAGGGCUUUGACCCGGAUCUGAUCGACAAAAUCCUCGACGGCUAUUCCGCCCGAACCAAGGCCAAUUCCAAGCUACUCGACACCCGCCGCGCCGAGCUAGAGCUUCUCGUCAAGAGAUAUGAAAUCAACAAGAAGGAGCUCGAGCGACUGAAUUUCGAGCGCCAGCGCGCCAUCUCGAGCGAAUAUGCCAAGAAACCGGUCAUUAAUUCGGAGCAACGGGCUCAAGUCCUUUCAACCGUCGCGAUCGCGGAGUCGGCCUUGCGAAAAGAGCAAGCGGCGAUCCAAGCCGCGCAGAAAGAACAUCUCGAUCUCAGCCGCGCUGAGUUCGCGGCCAUCCUGGCGCAGGACUUUGGCGAUCCCGCAGCUGCGGACGAGGCCCAGGCCCGGGUGACCAAGAGAACUACAUUACAAGAGCAGGCGAGCGAGCUUGGUGUCGCCGCUGUCAUGAUGGGCAUCAGCGGCAGUCUCAAAGGACAGAAGCAGGCCACUCAAGAUAUUGUCAACAAAUACGCCCAGGCCAUUGCUAACGGUAGGCUCGAAGAAUUUGACCAGCAAGGCCGUCGGCACGCGACCGACAACCCGGUCCCCACCGAACCGGUCUCCAAUCUCGAUAUGACCACUACCAUGGUGCCGGCCUAG